GAUGAUAAAAAGCGUGAUUCGGGGGAGACGUGAGGAGCGUGUGGGGUCAAAACUGCCCUUUUAGAUUGAAAGAAUGCACCGCCUCAAAAGAAAACAAAAUAAAUAAAAAAGGGUUUGCGUUGUUGUUAGGCUGAACCCUCUCUCUCUCUCUCAGUCAAAGAAAGGAAUAACAGUUAGGAAGGAGGAGAACAUGGGGAACAAAUUGCAUGUGAUAGUUCUCUGUUUGUUGGUGUCAACACUUUUGAUUUCUGCAGUAUCAAUUGCAGCAUCCAGCAGUGAUGGAUUGCGAAGGAUUGCACUCAAAAAGAUUCAAUUGGACCGUAACAACAAGCUUGCUGCUGCUGCUGCUGCUGCUGCUGGAGGAAGGAGAACCAAAGAUACUGAUUCAUUGCAAUCUUCCAUUAGAAAGUAUAACCUUGCUAACAAUUAUCAAGAAACUGAUAUUGUUGCUUUGAAGAAUUACUUAGAUGCUCAAUACUAUGGUGAAAUAUCCAUUGGUACCUCUCCUCAGAAGUUCACUGUCAUUUUCGAUACUGGCAGCUCUAAUUUAUGGGUUCCGUCCUCUAAAUGUACCUUCUCGGUUGCAUGCUACUUCCACGCCAAGUACAAGUCCACCAAAUCAACUACUUAUAGGAAAAAUGGAACUGCUGCUGCAAUUCAAUAUGGUACCGGAGCAAUUUCUGGUUUCUUUAGCUAUGACAGUGUCAAAGUUGGUGACAUAGUUGUAAAGAACCAGGAGUUUAUUGAAGCAACUAAGGAGCCUGGUGUUACCUUUUUGGUGGCCAAGUUUGAUGGUAUAUUGGGACUUGGAUUUCAAGAGAUAUCAGUUGGAAAUGCUGUUCCAGUGUGGUAUAAUAUGGUUGAACAAGGUCUUAUCCAGGAACCAGUAUUUUCAUUUUGGCUCAACCGUAAACCAGAGGAAGAAGAAGGGGGUGAGAUUGUUUUCGGUGGUGUUGAUCCUGCUCACUACAAGGGAAAUCACACUUAUGUGCCUGUGAAAAGAAAAGGAUAUUGGCAGUUUGAUAUGGGAGAUGUAACUAUUGAUGGUAAAUCCACUGGAUAUUGCGUUGAUGGCUGUUCGGCAAUUGCUGAUUCGGGGACAUCUUUGUUGGCAGGUCCAACGACUGUAAUUACCAUGAUAAAUCAUGCAAUUGGAGCAUCAGGAGUUGUAAGCAAAGAGUGCAAGACCAUUGUUGCAGAGUAUGGACAAACAAUAUUGAACUUACUUUUAGCUGAAGCUCAACCAAAGAAGAUCUGUUCCGAAAUUGGAUUAUGCACUUUUGAUGGCACUCAUGGUGUUGAUUUGGCUAUUGAGAGUGUAGUGGAUGGGAAUGAAAGGAAAUCAUCUAGUGGUCUUCAUGGUGCUUCUUGUUCUGCUUGUGAGAUGGCAGUUGUUUGGAUGCAGAACCAGCUGAGGCAGAAUAAGACCCAAGAUCAGAUACUAACCUAUAUCAAUAAUCUUUGUGAUAAAAUGCCCAGCCCAAUGGGAGAAUCAUCUGUUGACUGUGAGAAUAUAUCUUCGUUGCCUGUAAUUUCCUUCACAAUUGGUGGAAGAACUUUCGACCUUGCCCCAGAGGAGUACAUAAAGGUGGGUGAAGGUCCUGCGGCUCAGUGCAUUAGCGGCUUUGUUGCUAUAGAUGUUCCUCCUCCACGUGGUCCUAUCUGGAUCCUUGGAGAUAUCUUCAUGGGCCGUUACCACACAGUCUUUGAUUUUGGAAAAUCAAGAGUCGGAUUUGCUGAAGCAGCUUAGAAAAUGCUCUUGUCUGAAAGUCCACUCUUAUUUGCCAUCUACCUGUGUAUGCUGGCAAUCAUAAUAUACUCUAAACUAUGUAUAUAUACUAAUUAAGUGUUUGUCCCUCACACUUUUAAUGACUAAUUUGCUUAACAGAUUUAUGUGGGACUACGGCCAUAUUGGAUCCA